CAGGGCGCUGAUUCGGUGAUAGGUGCCAGCAGGGUGCCACCGCCGCUGGUGGUUGAAGCUGCUGGGGCAGCUGCGGUCCCUGCUCCCGGGAACCCGUCCCGGGCCCUCGACCUCCAGCCCCGCGCGCAGAGGGGUGGCAGUAUGAACGUGGGCACAGCGCACAGUGAGGUGAACCCCAACACGCGGGUGAUGAACAGCCGCGGCAUCUGGCUGUCCUACGUGCUGGCCAUCGGGCUCCUCCACGUCGUGCUGCUCAGCAUCCCCUUCGUGAGCGUCCCUGUCGUCUGGACCCUCACCAACCUCAUCCACAACAUGGGCAUGUACAUCUUCUUGCACACAGUGAAAGGGACGCCCUUCGAGACCCCGGACCAGGGCAAGGCCAGGUUGCUGACCCACUGGGAGCAGAUGGACUACGGGGUCCAGUUCACGGCCUCUCGGAAGUUCCUGACCAUCACACCCAUUGUGCUGUACUUCCUCACCAGCUUCUACACCAAGUACGACCAGAUCCACUUCGUCCUCAACACCGUGUCCUUGAUGAGCGUGCUCAUCCCCAAGCUGCCCCAGCUGCACGGGGUGCGCAUCUUUGGCAUCAAUAAGUACUGAGGCAGGGGAGGCGGACGCCCUCGCCGCGACGUGACGCUGAAGACGGAGCCCGGGAAGCUGCGGAGCCAGAGCGCCUCCUGGCCUAGUUUCCCCUCGCUUCCCCAGUAGCGACUUGGAUAGCUUGUAGCGGGGUUGACGUGGGCCCCUGGGCUCUAACCCUUUCUGAAUUUUUUGAUCUUUUCUUUUUGCCUUUUGAGUAGAGACUCCAUGGGGUGGUCAGGGAAGGGGCUGGGCUCUGGCUGACUGCAGACUUCGAGGUUGUUUACCCCUCACUAGUUUACCCAAAGCACUUUACCCCUGCGCAGGCAGCGAGGGACGGUACGCUUCUGGAUUGCCCCAUAGGUCUCAGUCUUAGGGUGGUGCUCGUGUUUUUGUACAGAUUGCAGGAAGUGUGUGGUGGUGCCCGACCCCUGUCUAACACAAGCCUCAGGACUGGGCCGCUCCCCUGCAGCCUGCCCGGGUAUGGGUGGGAGGUGAGCUGCUGCCGCCGGUCCCGGUGGAGGCUGGGAGAGGAAGUGGGGGGCCACACAGAUGGGGUGUAGAGGGCUCAGGUGGGGAGCUGGGCCCAGCGUCCUCUUCUGGGCUGUGGUUGGGAGGGCAGCGGGCUGGACGGUUGUUUCCCCGGUGGGAUGGAGGUGGAGCGGGGUGGGAGGCUGCUGCGGGUUUGAGGCUCCUGGGUUGGCGGGAGGGGUGGACGCACAGGAGGCCCGGCAGCCUUGGAAGCGCAAGUCCGGUUGGGCUCCGCCCUCUGUGGUGGUGUAGGGGUGUGGGGCGGGAAGCUUUGGCAGAAAUGAUGGGUGGUGGGGCCCCUGCUCACCCUGGUCCCAUAACCUGUGGGCAGGCACUGGGGCAGGGCCUCUGCAAGGCAUGCAGUGAGGGCCAGGGGGCCACCCCACACGAGGCUGCCGGGCUGCCGGACCGCUGCCCGAGCAGGGCACCGGAGAAGUGUGGAGUGGCUCCAGGCGCCACCCCUUCGUCCUGCAGGCCCUCAGCCUGGGCUGGACAGGAGCCCCCUGGCCCUGGCCCUGCGGCUGGGUGCCUCGCUGUGAGGAGCAGGGCCUGAGGAAGCGGGGCGGCCACUCACUCUGGUUUUGCCUCCUGGCCCUCCCCCUCACCCCGUGCAUCAUAGGGAACUUUCACCUUAAAAUCUUUCUAAGCAAAGUGUGAAUAGGAUUUUUACUCCCUUUGUACAGUAUUCUGAGAAACGCAAAUAAAGGGCGAUACGUUCCUGU